AUGCCAUCAGCGACCACCCCAAAUCGCCCCUCGACUCCCCUUUCAAACUCCGGCAUCCAGACCCUGCCAACAGGCCACUCCAUAAUUCCCUCGUCCGUCCGACCAGACGGCUCAACCCGCAAAGAGAUCAAAGUCCGACCGGGCUACCGCCCACCAGAAGACCAAGAGAAAUACCGAAACCGGAUUGUCGAAGCUCGCAGCAACAUCGGGACUGGAGGAAUUCCAGGUGCUGAACCAGCAAACACAACAGCUAAAGGGGCCGAGGAGAAGAACAAGAACGCAAAAAGAAGAGAGGCUGCAAGGAAGAAGGCCGCUGCUGCUGCUACUACUGCUACUGAUGAAAUUGAAUCACCCGAUGCUGGAGUCGGAGAUAUCACGAACGGGCUACAGAAGACGCAGCUCCACGUUAGUGAAACAGAGAAGCUCAAGCAGGACUGGCGAGAUCCUAGCAAAUUAACGACGAACGAAACGACAUUGAUCGAGGCAGACGAAACAGCGGAGAGGGAGAAAAAAGUACGAAACCUGAAGAAGAAGCUCCGACAAGCCCGCGAAUUGAAGGAGAAGAAGGAAGGAGGCGGGCAACUCUUGCCAGAACAGCUUACCAAAGUGACAAAGAUCCAGGAGCUAAUCCGAGAUCUGGACAAGCUCGGGUACGACGCUGACGGUGAACCCAAGACAGCCAUCGAUGGAUCUCAGAGUCGUAAUGGCGUAGAGCAUGGUUGA